CAACAUUCAGUAAGAGAAGCCCAGCUUCUUUUGGGCAACAAAAGUUGGGCUCAUCAACAAAUUGAGACCAAUUGAAGGACCAAUUACAAACGUCGGAGUUAGCACAAGGCGGCCGUCAACUCCUCAGACCAACAAGCUCCUUCUAUUGCUACUGCUGCAGGCUGCAGCCCCCUUUCUUUUCCUCAAGGUAUUUUUUGAGGGAAGGAGUGAGUGUCGGGGAUAUGGCUAAAGCCCUUGAUUUGCAGGACUUCCUUCUCCGCGGUCGAGUCUUGAAGCUUUAUAGGCAAGCACUUCGUAUAACCCGAAGAGCCCCUGUGGAUUCCAGAGGUGAACUAAGAUCGAUGAUUCGACAAGAACUGGAGAACAACCGGCACUGCAAUGACAGGCAACGGACUCGUUUUCUGCUUAGUGAAGGAUUGGAGAGACUGAAAUGUCUCGACGAGAUGCUUGACAUGCAAGGUCAUUAGUUCUUAUUCCUUAAUUUGUAGUUUUUGAACAUGAACAUGCGACCCAUUCCGCAUUUGUUUCGAAUUCAUUCGUCUUUCUUGUGUUACAA